UGGGCCGUGGCUGUGGCUAAACGACGCCUCAACUCGCCCAGCGCAACAUCAGACUCUGUGACCUCCGGAAAUUUACAUUUCCUUCGACGCUACAAACUAAUAUUGGGGGGCUGCUCUUGUGUUGUUUCAUUGGUAUUACGGUUUCUCUCUCAUUUUGUUUCUCAGGGAAAUAGAACCCAGUCGUCUCCCCCGACGAGUUUUCGCCCCAGUUUGCGCCGCUCAAAGUUUCUGGCUCCCGAACGAACUUCGUCCGAACGAUUCUUUACCAGACGCCAUCUCUAUCGUUGAGCGGUUCUAUUUGCAUCUAUACACUCAUUCGAUGAUUCAGUUAUAGAUAGAUAAUUGUUGGGAAUUAAUCGCCUAUCUGGUAUUCGAGUUUUCGGGUAGCUCUUUUCGCCGCCAGCUAUCCCGCAGCCAAUAUGCUUCGAUCAACCAACACGUUUUUGAAAUAUGGAACCUCUUCGUCGAGGUGUCCCACUUUCUCCUCCUUGCGCAGUAAAGCGAAUCGCGGAUACUUGAUUAGAAAGAGUCAGAGACUAGCUUCCACCGUCACACAGCUAGAUAACUAUCCCGCAGUUGGCGAGAAACUUCACGGUUUCACCGUCAAGGAGAAGAAGCAUGUCCCGGAGCUUCAUUUGACCGCAGUUCUCUUGAAACAUGAUAAAACAGAGGCAGACUAUCUCCAUGUGGCCAGAGAUGACAAGAAUAAUGUCUUCGGUAUUGGGUUCAAGACGAACCCCCCGGACGCAACCGGCGUGCCGCAUAUCCUCGAGCACACCACUCUAUGUGGCAGUGAGAAGUACCCUGUUCGCGACCCGUUUUUCAAGAUGCUGCCUCGUUCUUUAUCCAACUUCAUGAACGCUUUCACCUCGUCUGAUCAUACCACGUAUCCAUUUGCGACAACCAAUAAACAAGACUUCCAGAACCUACUAUCAGUCUACCUGGAUGCCACAUUACACCCCUUGUUGAAAGAAGAAGAUUUUCGACAAGAAGGAUGGCGCCUAGGGCCUGAAGAUCCUCGCGCGUUCCUGGCUCACAAAGAAGGCAAUGAAAGCCCGGCCACAGCAGAUGAUAUUGUUUUCAAAGGAGUGGUCUAUAAUGAGAUGAAAGGGCAGGUAUCUGAUGCCAAUUACUUAUUCUAUAUUAAGUUUAAGGAACAGAUCUUUCCUGCCAUAAAUAACUCAGGCGGCGACCCACAGUAUAUAACAGAUCUAACUCACAAGCAACUGGUCGACUUUUCAAAAAAGAAUUACCAUCCAAGCAAUGCGAAAGUUUUCACGUAUGGGGACAUGCCUCUAGGGGAUCAUUUACAACAGGUUGGGCGUGUCUUGGAUGGCUUUGAAAAGUCAACUCCGGAUCGAGAGGUCAAACUUCCACUGUCUUUAGACGACGGCCCCCUUAGCGUCACGAUUCCAGGUCCAAUCGACCCAUUUACCAGCGAGGACAAGCAAUUCAAAACGUCAGUGUCUUGGUUUGCAGGUGAUUCCACUAACGUCGUGGAGACCUUCUCGAUGGGAAUUCUUUCGUCCCUACUACUUGACGGAUAUGGUUCACCAAUGCAUAAGGCUCUAGUCGAAAGCGAAAUCGGAUCCUCAUUUACACCAAACACUGGUCUUGAUGCUUCUGGCAGAGUUCCUAUAUUUUCAGUUGGUGUGAACGGAGUUGCCGAAAAAGACAUCGCCAUGGUGAAGGAGAAGGUACAAAAGAUUUUCCGGGAGUUCUCGGCUGCAGGAUUCAACGAUGACAAAGUGAAAGGCAUCCUGCACCAACUGGAACUUGCAUUGAGACACAAGACAGCCAACUUCGGGAUUGGAAUCAUGGAAAAGACACUAUCAUCCUGGUUUAAUGGUUCCAAUCCAAUGAAAGAGCUAGCUUGGAAUGAGGUGAUUAAUGAAUUCAAGCAACGCUAUGAGAAAGGUGGCUACCUGGAACAACUUAUGAAAAAAUAUCUUAUGACUGAUAAGUCCAUGACUUUUACGAUGGCUGGAUCACCAACUUAUAAUAAAGAACUGGACGAAAAAGAAGUAGUGCGAAAGGAGGGAAAGAUGACCGAAUUGACUGAAGCUGCAGGCUCUCUUGAAAAAGCCGUUGACCAACUCAAGAAAGAAGAAUUUGAGUUAUUGAAGGUCCAGGAAGCAGCCCAGAAUGCCGAUUUAAGCUGCUUGCCAACUCUCCACGUGAAAGAUAUUUCGAGAACGAAGGAAUGGAAAACCGUGCGGGAAUCCAAAAUAGGUGAAGUCGACGUUGUUUGGAGGGAAGCCCCAACAAAUGGCCUCUCCUACUUCCAGGCUAUGAAUGCAUUUGAAAAUCUCCCCGAUGAGCUACGGUUGCUUCUACCUCUCUUUAAUGACUGCGUCAUGCGACUCGGCACCGCCGGACGAACAAUGGAGCAAUGGGAGGAUUUGAUAAAACUCAAAUCUGGUGGUAUUUCGUCCUCCACUUUCAUUGUAUCGUCUCCAACAUCACUGGACGGAUACGCUGAAGGGCUCCAAUUCUCCGGUUAUUCGCUUGACAAGAACUUCUCGGCUAUGCUUGAAAUGAUAUCCAGUCUAGUAACUGAGACUGAUUUCAGCAGCCCCGUGGCUCCGCGGAUGAUCCAGGAAUUGCUGCGAUCUUCCACCAACGGUGCUAUUGAUUCGAUUGCGGGCACAGGCCACCGAUAUGCUAUAAAUGUUGCGACUUCGGGUCUGUCUAAGAAAUUCUGGGCUAGCGAGCAACUAUCAGGCUUAGCACAAGUCCAGGCUACCGCCAGGCUUCUACAUGAUGCGGAAACCUCACCAGAACGGUUGCAAGACCUAAUUCGGAAACUUCAGCUGAUACAAUUAUUCGCGAUUUCGAAUUCCUCGAAAUUCCGUGUGCGUGUAGUCUGCGAGUCAGAAAGCGCCAGCGCGAACGAAAAAACUCUUCAGCGCUGGCUCUCUGGCCUCCCUCGCAAUCUUAACCCCCCCUCAACAACCGAAGGAUUUAUCCCUAACCCAUCCGUCACCAAAGUGCUUUAUAACCUCCCGUAUAAAGUCUCCUAUUCCGGCCUUGCUCUUCCAACAACGACAUUCACCGAUCCGUCUAGUGCAUCGCUCAGUGUACUCUCCCAACUCUUAACUCACAACUAUCUCCACCAAGAAAUACGGGAGAAAGGUGGUGCAUAUGGAGCAGGCGCCAGCAGUGCCCCCAUCCAAGGUUAUUUUGGGUUUUCAAGCUACCGCGACCCCAACCCCAUGAAUUCACUAAAAGUAUUCAAUAACUCUGGAAUCUUCGCCCGAGACAGAUCCUGGACGACGCGGGAGCUUGAUGAAGCGAAACUCGGCAUCUUCCAGGGUCUUGACGCUCCCAUGAGCGUUGACGAAGAAGGCCAGCGCUACUUCAUGACUGGUGUCACUCAGGAGAUGGACCAGCGCUGGCGCGAGCAGGUUCUUGAUGUAACUGCUGAGGAUGUGAAUAAUACCGCUCAGAAGUACCUCGUUAACGCAUCACGACAGGUAUUCUGUCUCCUAGGCGAGAAAAAAGAUGGGUCCGAUUUUGAUGGUUGGGAUGUGAGAAAGCUGUCCAUGGGUCCUGAAGAAGGCAAUGCCGCCGGUUCUGAGGAGCAAGGUGCGGCUACCGGCGCGGCUUAAGUAUAUACAUACAAAUUUUCUUUCGAUGUCUUACAUUUUUGGUUACGGUUGUCCUAGUUUCCCUUACGCUCUUAUUUGAAUAUGCGUUCUAAACUUUUCGAUAUAGACCAGUUGAUGCACCACCUCAUUGUCUAGAGGGUGCGAAUUUCACACUCCAUGUAUUUUUAGACGAACAUGUAUUAUAAUCGCAUCUCUCUUGAUUUACAUCCCCACUGAGCCAGUUUCAAGCGUCUAGCCAAAAAUUUCGCUCUAUUACUAACCUACUUCCACGUCUCCCCUUUCAUCUCUUGGGCCGCUGCUGAUAUGGUUUCUUCAACAUAUUCAUUCUGAACGGACUAACAUGAGACAACCAACGCGCUGCUCCAGAACAGAGCAAUCAUACGUCUGCCAACCUUUCAUCCCCAUGGUCGGCAGAUCACAAGUCUCUCCGACGGCCACCCACCGCCCUCGCAGGCAGUGGCUGGUCCACGAGAAAAAGCGCAAUAUCAAUAAAAGAGAGAGCAGUAAGGAGGAGCUCGGGGGGAAAUGAAAGAAGGGAAAACCCCGCCUACCGAAGAGGGGAUGGCCCACAUUAUCGAACCCCCUAUAUCUCCUACUUGCAAGGGAGUGGGGAGGGGAUAUGAUGUUUUCUGGUAUGAUUCCGAACCAGUCUAUCAGCUGACUUGCUCCUGAUGCAUGAGGGGUGUUCUUUGCCUAUUCCGCAGCAUUUGCCUUUUUGCUGGAAACCCCUCGAUUCGUCGAUGGUGUUUUCAUGGAGAGGUUUUGUGCUAUUGGAGUGAGGUUCAGUUCUCCUCACUUGCUGAUGGGCUUGUCAAUUGGUAGGGUGGUUUGGGUUGUUUCGGAAUUUCGUAUCUCUUUACUUUUUCCUUUGCUGUGGGGUUUAGAGGGGAUCCGCUUGGUGAUGUGGAUUAUACCCCCUUUGGGUGGGAGUUUUCUUCAUCUUUUGUUUUUACUGGGCUCUUCCUUGCUUCUCUGUUACCCUUUUGUCUCCAUCUCAUUUCAGAACUGCUCUUUUUCCUCAAGUUUAAUGGAGGGCGGACUAGGGAUGCGAGAACAUUUACUUUUCUAGUCGGUUUUCAGUUGACCUUCCUCAAUGCGCCCUGUAGUUUAUUAUUCCAAGCUUUGAUAUUGAAAUGAACUCAAGCCUCAUUUGCCGCAUUUGCUUGCAUUCAUAUCAUUCGAGGCCUAUUUGGCUUCACCUCUCCUCUCCAUAUCGCGUCCUCCCGUAGCAGGUCACCCACCUUCGCUUUAUUUUCCAAGCCGCUCUUCUAAAGUCACCUUCAACGCCCACCGUCAAAAACUUCCAGCUCUCUCGAAUACAUACCUUGCGACGAAUCCUGUGUAAGAAUUAAGGAUUGUAAUAAGAUACCCACACUUCAAGCAAACACAUUACUUCCUCACGGCAACGCCUCGAAGACGAACAUAUCCCAACCACUUGCUACCAUUCUCUUCCCUUGUGAUGACCGUUUCAAGUAACUGACAGACCUCCUCAACAGCAGCCUCGCGGCGGUCCGCAUCCACAAUAUCCAGCAUCUGGGAUCCCAUCAGGCGCACCCACCCGGCAAUACCGCCGUCUACGUCAGUGGUAAGCUUAGUGGGCCGAUAUUCGACUUCUAGCUUCUCAAUAUGAAAGCCAAUCUUCUCCAAGGUCGCUCUCAUCCAGGAUUCAGACGGAAAGAACCACGGGUUUGCGGCGCGCGCUUGCUGGAUCGUAGUUCCCUGAUGGGUCACCGCGGCAAGCAGCGCGGUGUUGGCUUCAGGCACAUUCCCAUGGCCCCCCAUUUCGAAUACAAAGGUCCCAUUUGGUUUGAGGCAGGAGUAUAUUGUUUCCAGCACGCCCACCCUUGUGGAUGCAUCUCUCAGGAUCCAGUGAAGUGCGGCAUUAGAAACCCUGUUGAGUUGUUUAUCAGUUUUUAACGGUCUUUAACCACUCAAUGGGCGAUGGGUGUACUAAGAGCAAAAAAUACAGUUCUUACACUUUAUCCCAUGCCCUCUCGACAAUAUCCAGCUCCCGGUCCAAAUACCUACAAUCCACAACUCGAAAUUCGGCCUUGGGGCUGCCAUAAUCCGCUUUGGCAGAGCUAAUCAUGGAAGCGGAUGCGUCGAUGCCCAGCACCGAUCCCACAUGUGGAAUGAAACUGCCGGUGAACUUCCCAUCUCCACAUCCAAUAUCCAGCACCCGGUCUGUUGGCUGUGGGUUAAGAUAUUGCAACACCUUCUGUGUGAGCUUUGGGACAAAGGCAGCCGAAGUGUGAUAUGCCUGAUUGGGGGGUUAAAAAAUGAUUAUUUCUUCCCAAAUUGUUAAGCUAUAACAGAUGAAUACUACUAUCAAGGAGACGUACCUCUGCCGACCAGUGAUCUUUCUGCGGCCCAGAAACUUCCUGCGUUGGUACCAUCUCUCAAUAUCUUUUCUUGAAAUGAUUCUCUUCCUCUUGGUGCGCAGUUAGUUGCGAGAUUCUAGGAGAAACAGGAUCUACCAGUCUUUUUUCCGCUGCUAGCUCCUGUAGGCCUUAUUUUUUAUUUUUGUUUAUUAUAUUUCUUUUAGCUGCAUCUUUAACGAACCCGGGGUGUAUGAUUCCUUUAUAUUUACAUCUUUGAAGAUUGCAUAAGUCAUCCUUCUGUCCAGAAUAGCCGAUAUCGGAUGCGGAGUUGGGGAGUUGCUUAUUAAGCCAGAACAAUAGUUAUCCGUCGUUUUCCUGCCCCAUCCUCUAGUUAUAUACAACUCGGCAUCUAUAAGCCUGUUAACGGGUUGCUGGGCUCGCUGUGCUUUGAUGAGAUACUGUGGAGAAGUAUAUUUCAAAUCUUACCCGGCGUGGAGGGCUAUGUAAACAGGAGAGGACCAACACUGGACCGGAAUCGGAGUCUAGUUAUUCUAUGAUUCUCACGCGGAGAAGAGUAUUGGGGGGGUGUGGGUGUAAACUUGGACAGUAUACAAAACCGACUCCGGCUAUUUCAAGGCUUGUUCAGCGCUGGUAGGCAGUUAAAGUGAGCUUGACGGCUUAGUAGAAAUUUGAUUCUCCCGAGAUGGUUGGAGCUGUCUACAGAACAAGACGAAGAACAGUAAGCCUGUAGCCGCACUUUGAAGUCGAA